UAUGUUUUAGUUAUUUACUGCUAAAUACUGUAUAAUAAUAAUACCAUUACUACUAGUUUUUAGACAAUAGUCUAACUUAAGUGUUAUUCAACCGUCAAGUUAUAUAUAUAUACCCGUAUUUGUGGCCAUCACUGACCAUCACUGAUCCAAUAACCUAACCAUGUUUUGUCUACCGUUUUGCGUGUCCUGCGAAACAAUGUUAACACUGAUGCCCGGACUGUUGGCCAUGUUUUGGCCAGUAGUGGUGGCAGUGUUUGGAGCCGAAACACUGAUGCGCCAGUCGUUAAUCAUUUGUCUGUACUUUGUGGUCAGCGAUAUGUUCGGACAGUUUUGGUCGAAAACUUUUCGGACCGAUUACCGUGCGGUCGCACCGGCCGUAAACCUUGUCAUACUGUUGACACUGUUUGGCCAGUCGUAUGUUCGCACACCCGGUCUGAUCAUAACAGUGUGCGGUUUUUUGGUCACCAAUUUGGCUCCGGUUAUACUAUGGAUCGAAGUACGCCAAUCGGUUAAGUUGGUCACCAAUUUUGGCCAAUAUAUGGCCCAAGAGAUUAGCUCCGCCGACGACGACGAUGACAGUGAUAGCAAUUUGCCGUCGAAACAAUUUAUCCUAAAGUGUGCCGUUUUGGCCGCAACAGUGGCCAGUCAUGUCUUAGGCUUUGUGUUGAUCGGAUGGGCGCUGACCAGUGCCCGGACUCUAUUGUUUACUUAUGCGGCCAUAAUAUUGGUGUGCUUUCAAUUGGUUCAACUGGUGGUCACCUAUUUUGUUGAAGAUGGUAUUAUCUCUGAUCCGGCACUAGUAUUUGUGAUGUCGUGUUUUGCACUCUACCUGUCCGUCUACGAGGACAACAUCAAGACUAAUAUCAACGCCAAUAUCACCAGUGAUACGGAAUGGUUGGAAAGUCGACUGUCAUUUACGGGCAAAUCAUUGAUAUACCAAUUAUUAUCGCUGCCGGAUGUGAGCACAGUUUACAUUAAUGAAGGCCUGCGUUGGGCUAAACACCACUACGGCCUAUGGUUUUGGUUGGCACUGAUUAUACGUAUAACUUGUGUGAUCACGUGGCUCAUUGACCACUAUGAUGGCCAAUUCAAUCAGGAUAAUGAUAAUGAGGGUUGGCUAACUUCCGGUAAUGACUACGACGACGACGACUCGGAUGACCACCCGAUUGUCCUUCGUUUCCUGCGCUACAUACCGGCCCUGACUGUCAUCAAAGUGGUUGUCAUUAUUAUCUAUACACAAACACUGUUACAACAGUUACCGAUUGUCGAGGACAGUUGGCCAUCGGUCUGUCCGCAGGCCUAUCAAUCUCUACUACGGCUCAUACAGUGUUUUGCUUUAGGCAUACAUUACUUUCAUACACUUUAUGUGUCGACCGGCGAUCAUUACGAUAGCAUUUAUUAGGUAGUAGUAGUAGUAGUAAUAGUAUUAGUUUCUAUUAAUUCACAUAUAUAAUCACUCACCCACUCAAAUACAUGGACACA